UGGGGACUCAACUAUUGUUGAUCGACCUAAGCUUAAGAGCUGGAAAAUUUCUGCUGAUGGUACGAGUGUUGAGGAUAAGAGUGGCGAAGACUCAGGUGAAGCUGAUAGUACCAACGAAGAAAAUUAUCCUCAAAAUUUUGAGUUGAACGAGGAUUUGUUGGUUACAAACACUGUUGAACAAACAAGUGACUGUAGUUUGAAGAAGGAGGAUCCGAUGUUCUUAUCUGAUCAAGUGGAUGGGGAUAGUUUGGCUAACGAUGAACCUGCAAAAGUGGAAUUGGUUGGCAUGGAAACUAUGGAUACAGAAUUGGCACCUGAAGACUGUAGAUUGAAAAAGGAUGUUACCGUGGUCUCAUCUCAUCAAUUUGAUGUGAUUAUUUUGGAGACUUUAGAUGUGGAAUUUGCAACUGAAAACUGUAGUUUGAAGAACGAAAAUGCAGUGAUAUCAUCUCAUCAAAUGGAUGAGUCUACUUUGGCAAACGAUGAACCUGAAAAACUGGGAUUCGCGGGUAUGGAAACUUUGGAUAUGGAAUUUGCAACAGAAGGCGCCGUAAAACAAGAUUUAUCCUAUAUAUCAAAGGCAUCGUAUCCAGAUGGCGAGGCAGCUACGCCUGAUGACUCAAAAUCCUCUUUGUCCACUAUCAAUAUUGGUGGUGCUGGUGCUUGUAUGAAGGAGGCUUUAACUAAAAGGUACGCUCCUCGUAAAAAAGUUGCAGUGUUCAGAGAUUUUCCACGUUUGUGUGGAGGCAAUGCUCCCUGUCUCAGUCAGGAUGAGUGUCUGAAGGAGCUUUCUUCUUUGAAAGAAGUUGAAGCCACUGACGUAAACGAAGCAGAAAAUAACAAGAGAAAGUUUGAUAACAUUGUUCAAGCUGAUUCUGAAGGGAACACUAGCCUUCCUGAAAAAUAUAAUCAUCUUCUGGUUAACAUAAAUUCUAAGGUAGUGGUUAAAGCAGAAAACAUCAACACUGUAAAACUCGAAAGUAGUUCCAUGGUCUCAUCAGGCAGGAAAUUAGUGCACGGUUUGAUGGCUACAUCAGAAUGGAAAGCAAGGGAAAGUAAGGGAAAGAAAGUUGAUUUUUGUGCCCAGCUGGACAAGUCAAAAACUGCUACCAAGUCGAAAGGUGUACUGAAUCAUUCUGGGCACCAGCCGUUGAAAAAGAAAAGAGAAAAUUCUAGUUCUGAUGACAUGGGUCAAUUAGUAACAGUGGAGAAGAGUUCCCUAGACCCUAAUGAAAAUAACAAACACUUUAAAAGUGUCCCAAAAUCACGUGGUUCGAGCGUAAAUGUUUUUCCUCUUGGUCAUAGUAAUUUUAGUGGUCAUGAGAAUGACUCAGUGGCCAGGAAUAAAGUGAGGAAAGCAUUGCGCCUGUUCCAAGCUUUUUAUAGAAAGAUUUUGCAGGAAGCCGAAGCAAAACCAAAGUCAAAUGUGAAAGAAGUGAAGAGGUUUGAUUUACAAGCUGCGAAAAAGCUUAAGGAGGAAGGGAGCCAUGUUAACGAAGGGGAGAAUAUCUUGGGAUCUGUUCCUGGGGUUGAAGUUGGUGAUGAAUUUCAAUUCAGAAUAGAGCUUAAUAUAAUUGGCCUUCAUCGCCAGAUUCAGGGUGGUAUAGAUUAUGUGAGGCAGAAAGACAAGAUCCUUGCAACUAGUAUUGUUGCUUCGGGUGGCUAUGCUGAUGACUUAGAUAAUUCAGAUCUUUUGAUAUAUACAGGACAGGGAGGAAACGUGACGAGCAGUGAUAAAGAGCCAGAAGAUCAGAAGCUUGAACGGGGAAAUCUUGCUUUGAAGAACAGUAAUGAGGAAAAGAAUUCUGUUAGAGUGAUACGGGGCUAUGAAUCAAUGGACGGUAAAAGAAAGAUAUAUGUUUACGAUGGACUUUAUGUAGUUGAGUCAUGUUGGCAGGAUAUAGGGCCACGUGGGAAGAUGGUUUAUAAGUUUAGCUUGCGAAGAAUCCCGGGUCAACCAGAGCUUGCCUUGAAGGAAGUGAAGAAAUCUAAAAAGUCCAAAACAAGAGAAGGUCUAUGUGUCGAAGAUAUUUCCUACGGGAAAGAGAAAAUUCCUAUAUGUGCUGUGAACACCAUAGAUAACGAGAAACCCCCUACAUUUAAAUACAUAACCGAGAUGAUAUAUCCUGAAUGUUGCAAUCUUGUCCCUCCAAAAGGAUGUAAUUGUACUAAUGGAUGCUCUGACCAUAAGAAAUGUUCUUGUGUAGUAAAAAAUGGUGGCGAGAUUCCAUUUAAUCAUAAUGGGGAUAUUGUAGAAGUAAAGCCUCUAGUCUAUGAGUGUGGUCCUAAAUGCAAGUGCCCUUCAACCUGCCAUAAUAGAGUUAGCCAACUUGGCAUAAAUAUUCAACUUGAAAUUUUUAAAACCAAUUCAAUGGGAUGGGGUGUAAGAUCCUUAAAUUCCAUCCCUUCAGGAAGUUUUAUCUGUGAAUAUAUUGGAGAGGUUCUUGAAGAAAAGGAAGCUGAACAAAGAACCGGCAAUGAUGAGUAUCUUUUCGAUAUCGGAAAUAACAAAAACAACAAUAAUCUUUGGGAUGGACUUUCAAACCUUUUUCCAGAUUCAAGUUCAAGUGAAGUAGUGGAGGAUUCUGACUUCACUACCGAUGCCGCUCAGUUUGGUAAUGUGGGGAGAUUUGUUAACCAUAGUUGCUCCCCUAAUCUUUAUGCUCAGAAUGUCCUUUAUGAUCAUCAAGACAGCAGGGUUCCUCACAUCAUGUUAUUUGCUGCUGAGAACAUUCCUCCCUUGCAAGAGCUGACAUACGAUUACAAUUACACGAUAGAUACAGUUCGUGAUUCCGAUGGCAAUAUCAAAAAGAAGUACUGCUUUUGUGGUUCUGUUGAAUGUACUGGUAGGUUGUAUUGAUCUUUUGCCAUGUUAAUUGUUGGAACAGUUUUUCUUAUAAGUCUUUCAAACUAAAAUCGCAAAAACUGGAGCUUAAUUUUGGGCCAUGUUAUGGAUGUGCUUUGAUUCUUCAUCCUUAAUGGUUGGAAAGAAAAAUAUUCU